UGCAAUUUGCUGGUUUUAUUUUGAAAUGUGUCUUCACCCCGUAGCCCUGGUUGACAGAGUGUUGAAAUUCUGGCUUCACAGCGGUAGUCACUAAAUCAGCGGAAAUGGAGAAUCGCUUCACUAAAGGCAAGUCCGCCAUCUUGGAGCGGCCGCUAGCCCGAGCCAAGACGGAAGUGAGCGUGAGUGCGUUUGCGCUGCUCUUCUCGGAGAUGGUGCAGUACUGCCAGAGCCGUGUGUACUCCGUGGCCGAGCUGCAGGGCCGACUGGCCGACAUGGGUCAAGGUGUAGGGGCCAGCCUGCUGGACGUCCUCGUGAUGAGGGAGAAAAAUGGCAAGAGGGAGACCAAAGUCCUAAAUAUCCUACUGUUUAUCAAGGUAAAUGUAUGGAAGGCACUGUUUGGGAAGGAAGCAGAUAAACUGGAGCAGGCUAACGAUGAUGACAAGACCUACUACAUCAUUGAGAAAGAGCCGCUGAUUAACGCUUACAUCUCUGUACCCAAAGAGAACAGCACACUGAACUGCGCGGCCUUCACGGGCGGCAUAGUGGAGGCCAUUUUGACUCACAGUGGAUUCCCAGCCAAAGUCACAGUGCACUGGCAUAAAGGAACCACGCUGAUGAUUAAGUUUGAUGAAGCGGUCAUUGCUCGUGACAAGACUCUGGAUGGUAGAUAAGACGGCCCAGUUUUUAGCCCUGUGAGGAAUAUUGCCCUUUUCCCCUAACUGAUACUGAAUUUCCAAUAAGGCUGAGUGUUCUACUGGAGGUCAGGGAGAAAGUUCAGCAGUGUGACUGAGGGAGUGAUGUGAUAGCAGAGGUUUAACAACAGAUCACAUGACAAUUUACAGUGUUGAAUUUUAGUUUGCAAGAGAUCUAAGUUUAUUUAGAGGAGGAAUGGAUGAUUUCCAUUUUUAAUGGCAGAAACUAGGGUGCAAAGUAUGGGACAUUUUAGAGGAGGAGGGUUUGAACUCUUUAAUUAAAAAAGUACAGAGUUUUGGGGGUUCAUAAAAAUUAGAGAUAUUAAAUAUUUUAAUAAUAAACAAUUAAAAUGUCAGAAUAGCACAUAUAAGUUAGUUUUGAACACCCCUACAAUGGGUUGUACCAUUUCUUACCUCUUAUAUCUCUGCCUCAAGCUUGACUCCCUCAUUACAUAUGCAUUUGCUAUGGUGAGAAAAUGUAAUGUCACUGUAUAAUUCACACUGGAGUAUUUUCAUGAUCUAAUGAUUCAUUUUUACUGAAAUUGUACUGUAAGUGUUUGGACAAGGACUGAAUAUACUAUAUAUAGUCUUUAGCCUUUACAAGUCUAAGUAAAGGUAAUGUAGUUUUUCCACCUUAAAGGUGCGCUAUGUGCUCACAUUUCACUGUUAGAUCGUGUAUUUGUGUUCUUUUCUUACACCUGGUCACUUGGCGCUGGACCAAGAAGCAAUGUUCAGCAGUAUUUCCUCAAUGCUUGGGUCAUUUAAAGCUUUCACUUCUUCUUUUACCACAUCACAUUACAUACUUGAAGUUGUAUAAUUUUUUUAUUCAAGCGAAAACUGUACUGUACUGUACUUAUUUUACCUUUAAUUUAUGUUAAUAAAUGUGGCACCCAUAUUAUUGAGAAAUUAACCCAUAUUAUUGAGAAUUUAAUCCUUGUUUAUUCGUUAAUAAUCAUUAAAGUAAAUUAUAUACUGCAAUCAGGGCAAAUACUAUCUUGCUCUGUCUGAUGCUAUAUGUUCAAGCCAUACAGGAUUGUUUUUUGUGUGACUAAUGAUGUUUUUAUUAAAGUGGCUACAAUGUGA